AAAUGUCUCUGUUGUCACAAUCGCGACAAAUUUUCAAUGAAAAUUUUUGUCAAAAUUUGGACGUUAACGUUCGUACACACUUGUUCAAAGUGUACACCUGUAUGACACUAACCUGUGCCGCUGCUACUGCCGGUUCGCUCGUUCACCUGACCGGGCUUUGGGAAGCAGGACUGCUGUCCAUACUGCUCCAGUUGAUUGCAACCGUGGCACUUGUUCUUACUCCAAACCGGAAAAGUAAUGUCGAAUAUCGGUUCGGUUUAUUGAUGAUAGUGGGCGCCUUAGCUGGCCAUCUGCUGGGACUACUGAUCGAACAAGCAAUGAUCGUGAAUCCGGCUUUCGUGUUGACUGCGCUACUUGGAACGACGCUAAGCUUUACCUGGUUGAGUUUGGCCGCUCUGCUUGCCGAACGCGGAAGUCAUCUUAUCCUGGGCGGAAUCUUGUCCAGUGCGCUCACGAUUCUUGUACUCGUUGGACUGGCGAAUUUGUUCUUUCAGUCAUGGUUGCUUCACAAGUGGAGUUUGUAUGCCGGGCUGGCCGUUAUGUGUGGUUUCGUGCUGUUUGAUACUCAGCUGAUUGUUGAAGAUGUUCGACAAGGAAGUGACGAUUACGUUUCGCAUGCCCUGAGACUUUUCUUCAGUAUCGUGGAUAUCUUCCGUUUUCUGAUGGCAAUUAUGAUUUCCACCGAAAGGAAUAAUCAAAGAAGGAGAAGGGAUAGUGAGAAUGAGUAAUAAAAUAAAAAUCAA